AUGCCUGCUGCUUUCUCGCGACUUCAGCUGGCUGCUGCCCUGCUAGUUUAUGUUGCAGAGUAUGACAACGAUCCAGAUGACCCACAUGCCCCACGUCGUCUAGCUAAGGAGAGCGCAAUCUUCGCACACCUUCGCAGAAACCCAGCAGCUCGACCGCAUGUCGCCUCUCGCAAGAGUGAUUACCUUGUAUCGGAGACAGGCAGUAUCGCGAAGAAAGAGUCAGCAUCAAAUACUCGUCGAUCCAGAACUUCGCGAACAUCCGAUGGAAUUCUACGAAACCCCUUUGGAGCUGACGAUUACUCUGAAUAUGACGAAGAACGCCGAGACGAAGGGACUGAGUUGGAGGUAGACCUUGCUUCUUGGGGUCUUGACGCUUUCAUCCCAAAAGACAAGUCCAAGUCCAAGGGAAAAGCGAAACAACCUACCCCUCCUGCAAUUGUGUCUGUGCAAUCCCAUAAGCCAUCCACAAACCAUGAUCCAACAACCUCGCCCAGGCGUGCUUUGGGUGCAUCUAGAUCUCUUAGUGUUGGCGGAAAUCUUGAUUACUUUGGUGGGGACGCCGAACCCUCAGCACGCAUGCCCUCCUCUUUGGUGGAUGAACAUCGACGGAGGUCGUUCAGCACUCCACUUGAGCUAGCUGGCAUGCAAUCUUCAAAUAUUUCUUAUUCUCCGCAGCGUCGCCGUGCAGCGUCACAAUCAUCCAUAUCUGCUCUUCAGCCUCCAUCGAUCCCCUUUCCAUCUGUUGUAGACUCAUCCAUGCCUCUUGACCCAAGGCCGCUUCGUGACCAGCCAACGGAGGAUAAUGAAUAUUCUAGCAGGAGCCGGGUUGUGUCCAACGGCACGCUGGAGACUGCACUGCGUAGCGACAACCCAUUUGAACUGGGACUCCCUUCCCGGAUGUCUCGCUUUGAUCCUAAGGCUGCCGCACAUACCCGUACCAUGUCGAAUGCCACCAUAGGAUCAAGAAUGCUUCUUGACAACGACGGUCUAUCUGUAUCCUCAGGGGAUUUAGAACAUGAUCGUCCAUACUCCACCAUGGAGCUUCUCCGGCCCAAAGUCCUUGUCAUGCCCAGCCCUCUUCAGCCUAUUUCUAUGAAUACUCCUCAAGAUAGCAAUAGAGCUCACGACGGAUUUGAGUUAUCAACUGAUGGACCUCCACUACCACCAGGCGCUCGUUCGUCUCGAGCGUCAUUAUCCUUGUCAGCAUUUGAAGCGCCUCCAAUCGCUUCUAAUUCUUUCACACCCAAUCCGGUCGCGGACCUGUCCCUUUCUCAAAAGACCUUCCGCGAUGUCCCUCCUCGAGGAAGAGUACUCAAAGCCAUCACGUCCAGCUGGGUUUUUACUGGUGACCAGCGUCCUUCAAUGAUGGCCAGAAAUCUUCAACGUGCCAGUACCCUCAUUGACCCUGCUUCUCUACAAGCUCGUCCCACAAACCAGCGUCUCAACUCUUAUGGUUCUCAGGAACCUAAACAAACCGUUGUAAAUCGAAAUUCGGUCAACAUUAAACCCCUUUUGAAUUUUGAGGAUGGAAGUAAGGCUCUUCAGCCUUCAACCUCAGCGAAUCGAAACAUAGGCGCCCGUUCCGUAUUUGGCGUGGAUACACUGUGGGAGCGUGAAAUGGCUAAGCUGCAUGAAAUGCAAGCCUCGGAAAAGAUUGAAAGCGAGCAACGGAUACGCAGAGAAGAGGAGGAAGCGAAGAAGAAAGCUGAAAAAGAACAUAGACGGAAACGGAAACGGAAGGGAAAAGGGGGGAAUAAUGCUAACGAAAAGGAACAAUCUGACGCUGAACCACGGUCAGUUACUCUACCAUUAUUACCCGAUGUUCGACAGGUUGUAAGAAAAACUUCACCCCGUCCUUCUGACAACGAAUCCACGUCAGAAAGCGAUGAUGUUGCGGAGAUAGCUGGGAGAAACACGGAGGGGGCAUCUGUUGGCUGGCACGCGGGGUCUUCUGAUGAGGAGGAUAAUAAAAUUCGUCGGACGACGGGAACCGGACCUAGAUACCCACUUCAUGCACGCAAAGCCUCCGAUCCUCAACCUCGGGAUAGUGAAGACGAACCACUUGCAACAACGUUGCGGCGGACAACUCGGCUCCGACCCCCACAUGAAAGAACCUCAGACGACGAGGACGAGCCAUUGGUGUCGGUUCUUCGGAAAACGAAGAUCCCAAACUUACCCUCUAUGGAUAUCAACUUUGACGGCCCACCUUCGAACGCACGUGCAGGGGCUGACGACGAAGACGAUCAACCUCUCGGUCUGCGCGCAUCGAGGCUAGUCGGAUCAUCAGGAGCAGACGAUGACGAUCGGCCUUUGGCUUACCAUCCAGAACAACAGCGCCGCACCCAAUACCAAAUGCUUGCGCAUCAUCAUCAGCAGCAGCAGCAGCAUAUGAUACACGCUCAACUGCAGAACAGUCUGUUUUUUAAUCAGUCGAUGAUGGGAUCAGGCUUUUUUGUUUCGCCGAUGAUGAAUCCGAUGGCUCUAAUGCAGCCUCCUGUACCAAUACCGUCACCACCUCCAAUUCACGAUGAAGCCAAGCUUGUGAGGGUCGAUAGGUGGCGACGGGACGUGACCGUCGAUGGUGAACCUUAG